AUGCACAAGAUCUCCAACUUCACCGGCCAAGCACGCCAUGGUUGGGACAAGAUGACGCCUGCAAUGGGUUUUGGCCGUCCGCACCACCAGGACAUGUCCAUGCCUCCCACCAACAUCAAGCGGAACAUGGCCACCCAGCACCAGAUGCAGCCGAAUCCCCAGGUCCCGGGCCAUCUUGUCAACCUCUCCUUCAACAUACCCUUCGCUUCCAACCUCAGUGGCCCUGACCCGGACUCGGUCAUCUACGCCAGUCCUGGAGCUUACGCGCGCUGGACGCAUCCUCAGCCGAACAAUCCCGACUCUCCGCCGCCGAACCACGAGCUGCCUGUCCACGCCCGCAAUGUCGACAACCUACGAUCCUUGUGCAAGGUCAUUACUGAAGCCAGCAAUGCUCAGGUCCAGGCCACCGUCACCUCAGCCAGACCCAAACCUGUGCCCGGCAUGCAGCGAGGCCCCCUGAACACUCUCGUCACAAAUCGCUCUGCUACCGUCGAUGUGGACUCGACCCUCAUCAUGGUCCCCGGCACCGAGGGCGUACGUACAGACAUUCUGAGACACAUGGACGAUAUUUCGGACCGUACCAAAGCCGACAUCUUCCUGCUCAACCCUCGUCCCUUGGAUGUUGACUCGGCCAGCAUCCACGGUACCAUAGACAGCCUUGUCGAGAACAGGUUGCGUCUCAUGAUCUUUGGUGACAUGGAAUGUUGCGAGCAUGCAAAGACCAGAAUCUUGAUCAUGAUCGACCAAAUCGUAUGUCAAUCUAACCUAUUCCCCAUGUCUCGUCUUCCUGCUGACCACCCUUGCAGNCUCAUGCGACAAGUCGACACGAUCAAGCUUGAGCUUUCUCUACAUACCCUCAUCUGCGGCCGACAUCGCCGCAACAUCAAGCUCAUCGAGUCAGCUACCGGUACUGCCAUUUACUUCCCUCCGCUAUUUCCUGGAAUCUUCGGUUAUAGCCCUGCCGGCUCCUAUCCACGUGCUAGAGACGAGAUUAUUAUCACAGGCGAGAGCCAAGAGAACAUCAUGCAAGCCAAAAGACGUCUUCAAGAUCUGGUUCUGACAACAAAGACAUUCGUCAAAGAUGUCGCCAUUACAACCAGCAAGGUCGACUACAUCUUGCUUGAGCGUCUGGACAAGAUUCGCAAGAUUGUAGAACAGAAUGGCUCCUACGUCCUUCUGCCUCCUCUUGGUAACCACAGCGGUCUCUUGCGUGUACAAGCGACCGACAUUCUGAAUGUUGAGCGCACCGUGCGCGAUAUCAUGUCCUUGGCUGGUCAGUUUUACAGCGCUUCAUGGUGGUUGACUCAACUGGACCCUAUGCAAAGGCAGCCGACACCUUCCGAUAUUCGCGCAAUGCUGCCCGACAUCUGCAUCAACUCAGGCGCCGAGAUCAACUUUGAGAAGCUCAACUUCCAUAUCAAUGGAAGCGACGAUUCCGUCAAGGCCGCAAUGACCAUCAUCAACUCGCUGCCCUUUGUCAAGAAGGCCAACUCGACUCUGCGGGUCAAGGUUGAGCUUGCUAACGAACACAAAGAGUUUGUGAGCGGAAAGAAGAAUGGCAAAAUCAACAAGAUCAUGAGCCAGAGCAAUGUCCAGAUCGUCUUCGAUGGCUUCAACGAGUACAAUUUCUACAUUGACGUGCGUGGUGCUCAGUACGAAGCUACCAAGAAUGGUCUCGAUCUGGUUGAGCUGGAAAUGCCUGCUUCUAUCUCCUUCCACGUCCCGGAUCAAUACCACAAGCGCAUUAUCGGUAUCGGCGGGCAGCAUAUCCAACGCAUCAUGAAGAAGUACUCCGUGUUCGUCAAGUUUUCAAAUGCUAUGGACAGAGGCGGUAUUGGCAAAGAUGAUGAUGAUGUCAAGGUCGAUAAUGUCAUCUGUCGAACCCCUGCAAGAAACGCCGACAACCUUGAGCUUGUCAAGCAAGAGAUCAUGGAUAUGGUCGAGAAGGUCGAUGCUGAGUACGUUUCUGAACAAGUCGUCGUCGACAGACUCUAUCACCGUGAGUUGGUUGCUCGCAUGCCUGAGAUUGAGGAGCUCGAGAAGAAAUGGAACUGCAAAAUCACCUUUCCUGGAACAGAACAGGCAAGCGACGUCAUCACCGUAUCUGGACCCGAGUACCAAGUUCCUCAAGCCGUGGACGAGUUUCUGGGCAUGGUUCCCGAGAGUCACGAUAUCUCGUUUCCAAGCACGGUCGAACUUCGCAAUUUCCUCAUGUCUGCAGAGUUUCACGACGAUGUUUUGCAGAAGCUCAAAGAUCAAUACGUUGUUGAAGUCAUUGUCCAGGCACCAAAGCACGAAAGGAUUGGUGAUGAGGAUGUUGAAGUUGAGAACCUCCUUCUCACCUACACACGUAACAAUGCUGGCGGGUUGAAGGAUGCUAUUGACUUCCUGGUCCUCGGUUUGGUUUCCCAUGGAUUGAGCGCGAGCACUGUGAAGGGUGCUAUUCCUCGACCAAAGUCUGACUCUUUCGAAGACUCGAUGCCAUACUUCGACUCCAAGCUUCUGCAACGCGCGGAACCACCCGUCGUGGCCGAGUCGCCUACACGUACUCACUUUGGCAGUGGAGAAAGUAGUGAAGGUCACCGAUCAAUUUUCGACAGACUCAGGAAGCCGGGUAGUAUGUCGUCCUUCUCGUCUUUCCUCGAGAGACGCAAGAACAGUUCAAACUCUCCCGCGUCUUCAUUGUUCAAGCAUGCUUCGAACAAUGCUUCCAAGGCCUCGCUGCAAAGCAUGGAAUCGCGAGAAUCGGGCUAUCGCAAUCCUUGGAACGACAAUGGCCCUGACGCCGAACCUGAUAGCGCCAACAAUCAGGCAAAUGGCGGAUGGGCAACUCUGGCUGCGGCAGGCAGCCGACCAGCCACUUCGUCGGCAUCGCUUACUUCGUCGACACCUUACGAAAGCAAAUUUCCUUUUGGCGCCGGGCGUAAUGGCUCUACGACUUCGCUUAACACCACUUUGAUACCCGGGCUAGGCGGCGACGUCGCCUCCAACAAUGCCCACUACCAUACCAAUGCCAACCGGUCAGCCUCGAUUUCUGUCGAGGUUGUCAAUGCCAACAGCGGUAAUGCGUCCGCAUCGUCAUCCUCAUCUACACACGGCCCGGUUGGCUCGCGUCCUUCGAGUUCUGCUGCUACUGCACCUGCUUCUGGAUACCCGGCUCCCAUAGGGCCUCCGCAAUGA